AUGGCCGCCGCUCAGCCCCAGCCCAUCUCCAAGCUCGCCCCGACCGCCGUCGCGCCCAACAGCCGCCACCUCCUCCCCCUCGCCGAAGUCCCGACACCGGAGCCCUCCCCUUCGCCUUCUCACACCAACACCAGCAUCAACAACGACAACGAAAACAGCAACUCCACUCACGCGGCGGCCCCUCCGCCCACCCUCCAACUCCCAAACAAGAACAAAGACCUCCCCCCCACACCUCCCCGCACCGGCCGCUCCUCCCCAAUCACAACCACCACCACCACCACAUCAUCUCAACCACCCAACAACCCUCACCAUCCUCCCGCCCACCCCCACCCCCUCCCCCUCCCCGCCUCCGACACCUCUCCCGCCUUCCCCUCCUCCGAACCAGCCACGCCAGCCGCCCUCCUCCCCCACCCCGUCAACGACGACCCCUUCGUCCCGCACAGCAGCCACUUAUACGGCCGCUCCUACACGCCCCACCCCGACGACUUCCGCCCCCCGCCGCAGCACGUGCAGUCGACGGCGGCGGCCAGCGUCGCGUACUGGGAGCGCUUUCUGGCGACGGGGUGCACGGCCGAGACGAUGGUGGUGGAGCCGGUGGGGUGGGGUGGGGGUGGGGGUGACGGAAACGGAAACGGUGGUGGUGGUGGUGGAAAUGGUGGUCCAGGUGCGGCGAUCGGGCGGUGGGUUUUUGCGGUGGGGGGGUGCGUCGUCAAGACUAAUCAUUUUGCGGUGGGGGCAGAGGGGGAGGCGGCGGCGGCGGCGGCGGCGGCGGCGGCGGCGGGCAGGAGGAGGAGGAGGGAGUAUGCGGGCGUGGAUGCGAAUGAGGUUGCGGCGUUGGGGUUGGUGCGGGGGAACGGGGAGGGGGAGGGGGAUGGCGUGCGCGUGCGCGUGCCGCGGGUUUAUUUUGCGGGGAAGUUGCUCGGGGGGGAUGUGUUGGUGCAGGAGAGGUUGCCCGGGGUGAGCUUGGAGGUGGCGUGGCCGUAUCUGGACCGGGAGGCGAAGAGGGGGGUGAGGAGGGAGGUGAGGGCGUUUGCGAGGCGGUUGGCCGAGACGGUGGUCAGGCACGACGGCGGGACCAAGAGGGCGUAUGUCGUGGAUGAUUACAGCGCCAUUUGGGCGAGGGCGCUGACGCCGAGGGAGAGGAGGUUGAUGCUUCCGCCGCCGCCGUCUGCGUCUGCGUCCGUCUCGCAGCAGAGAGCGAAGUCGGCGUUUGCCGCGGGUAGCGGGGCCGCACGAGCGGGCAUCGGUUGGGGGACGAUGAGGGGCGGCCACGACGAUGGUGGUGUUGUUGCUACUACUACCGGCGGCAAACGCAAAGACAGCGGCCUCGACUCCUCAUCCUACUCACCACCGCCACCACGACGCUUCCAAACCAGCACCAACGUCUUCCACGACUCGUCUUCCUCGGACAACGACGACCCAGCCUACUCUCUCGACCACCCCGACUCGGACACUCGCUUCGCCCACAACGACCUCAGCACUUCCAACAUCAUCGUCGACCGCGGAGAAGAUGGCACAGUCCACGUCGUCGGCAUCAUCGACUGGGAGCACGCCGGCUGGAUCGGCUGGCGCACCACGGCCGCCGUGCAUCGCGAGCUGCGCGCCCCGCUGGUCGACAUGUAUGACAGGGAGGAGUUUGAUCAGGAGGAGUGGGAGGAUUUGGUCAUGUGGAAGGGGCUGUAUGACGAUAGUGAUGACGAAUGA